GCACAUUGUGAGUGCAGGAUACCUUAAUAGAGGACACUGAUUUUAAUCUUACAGCUUACUAAGCAUUACAGCAACAGCAUCCAAAUGGUCAGAAGUAAACCAACACCAAGAUCUACAUUUUACAAUGAACCAGCAAAGGUUGAGGAGCUUUACACUGGUUACCUGCACAAGUCCCCUUGUUUGACCAGAUUAACAAAAGGCUUGAAAUCAUGGAAGCGCCGGUUCUUUGUGCUCUCCAAGAUGGGGGAAGACACAUAUCAAUUGGCAUACUUUAAAAACCAUGAAAGGAAGGAAAAAUGUGGAGAAAUAGACCUUUCAAAGAUCAGCUGCCGGUGUAUUGGCCCUGAGGAACAUCGCAUGUGGGACUGGAUCCAGAAAAACUUCAAGUGUCCUCCAUCUUCUGUGUUGCUCUUGAGGGUGGAAGACAUUGUGUCAAAAUUUACAAGAGACUAUUUCCUUAUUGGAGAAAACAGUGAUGAGGUGGAUGGAUUGUGCAAUGCCUUAGUCAAGGUUCUGAAGACUGAGAAAUUAAAACAUAAUCUGCCAGAAACAGAUGAUAGCCUUCAGUCGGAAAGCAGAUGUAGAUCAAUAUCUGCACCUACUCACUGUUCAGAAUCCAGAUCUCAAGAUUGUAAUGGGGAGCAAAAUGUAACUGAUCAUUGCCCCUACUGGCCCCAACUGAGACACACUGCACCUGCAUGUAUAUUCACUUAUGUGCCACCAAAGGACAGCCACUAUGAUUUUCCUCGCAAGUUCAGUGAAGCAGCUGCAAUGCCAGCAGCACACAUGGUUUUACACAAUCAAACUCCAGAGAGUGAUGAUGAUGAUGAUGAGGAGGAGGAGGAUGAAGAUGACAGCGAUUACAUGCAGAUGUCAUCAGUGCAACUUGUGUAUCAACAGUCCCAGGAGGAGGAGGACAUUGCAUGCAUUCAGAAAAAGGACAGAGAGAUCUGUGCUGCGUUUGCAGGCAGUCUGUCAGACUGUGUCACAAAAACACAAUCUGAGGACACGGCAAAUCUGAGGACACAGCAAAUAUCAUCCAUUGACUUUGACGAGCAGAAAACAUCUGAGCGAAGCCCUGCCACGAAAUCUUCCCACGAUUUGUGCGAUGGUGCUCUUGACCAGGCUAAGGAGAGUGAAUCUAAACGAACGAGGGAUAUUUCUAAGGACUUUAUCCUCAACUUUAAUGGAAAUUGUGCCUCAGCUGGGUUGAAUGAGGCACCCCCAAACAAGAGUGAAACACACAGACCUGUUAAGAAGGAGAUCUGCGUAAGUCAAAAAGACCUGGAAAACGGCUUGAUCUUCACACAGGAAGAAGGCAAACCAUGUGUGUCUGUGUGUAAGCAGAUUGAAAACUCAUGUCUGUUCCAUAAGGGGGAUCAGAUCUUGGCCUUCAAUGACCUGCUAAUAGACACAGUGGAGGAGAUACACAAAUACCUAAGAAGGCUAAGCAAGGACGAGGUAAAACUGACUAUUCUAAGGCGUCCGGGAUCCCUGCCUUUGCACUCUGAAUCCUGUCUAUCAUAGUGAGGACAUGAAACAACAUGAAUGUGAAUUAUCUUAUCACUUUUUAGUUCAUUCUAGGUCAAGUUUAGGUUUUUAUUUUGUUAGAAAUGUUGUGUAUGAGUCUGGUUUCAGCUCAGCAGCUCGCUAAUAAGUAGUUCCUUCUUGUAGAGAUUUCAGAAACUAAACUGUGGCAGAGAAAAGCUCAUUCAUUAGUGUUUAAUCACAGACAUGGGAAACGGGGCAUUGAAAUCAAGUAACAGGAGCAACAGGUUUUUGGAAAGUAUCAUGUACUCUUUUGUGUGUACAUGUAAAUGGAUAGUGCAACAAAUGACGAUGUAAGACUCAUCAAUCUUAAAAAGUUGAUUGAAAAAAAUUGGUAAGAUUUAGAAUGUAUAUAUGAAGAUAAGACUAUAUGACUGGUGAUGGGUAUAUGCAGUCUAAGAUUAAAUAAGGUUUUUUGUUUUAUAAUGUGAACAUAAGGCACAACAAAACAAAAGUAUUACUUUAUGGCAAAUAUGAAGGUUUAUCCAUUGUGAAACACUUACUGUAUAAAUAUUUUAACCUCUUUAAAGCUGCACUUUUCUACCAUUGUUAAACUAUGAGGCACUUUAUAUACUGUUUAUUUACAACUUUUCUGUCAUUGUGGCAUAUUGCCUUUAAUCAUUAUGCAUUGAUUAAUGGUUCAGUCACAGUUUAGAUUGAUCUAAUUAAUUUAGAACAUGUACAUGUAAUCCACUAAAUAUAUAAUUAUUUUGUGGAAAGUCAUUGCACCAUGUUUUGU